ACCACUUCCGUGUUGCAGUCAGAACUCAUUUCCCGUCACUUUGUAUCAAAAUUUGAACCACUGAAUAUCUUCUCCUCUCCAAAUUCAUACUCAACCUCCCUUUCCAUUUCCACCCUCAGAUCACCCUGCAAAUCCUCUCCUUUUCUCUCUCCUCACCAUUUUUGUCACCAAUUUUCUUGAAUUGAAGUUUCCCCAAAACAAAAACAAAACUUGAAAUUAUGCCCAUUAUCCCAUAAUUAUGCCAGAAUCGUAUAAAAAUUACUAAGAAAUAAAAGUAAUGGGUGAAGGAGAUGCAGAAUCAACAAAUGGAGGGUGGAGCAAAGCUAGUGGUUGGUUGAUUAAAACACUUGUUGUGGUGGGCGGCGCGCUUUUCGUCCGCCGUCUCACUAAAUCCACCACCCGCCGCGACCAUGCUCGUUUCGUCUCUCAUUCUCUCUCCGGCGAAAAGAAUUCAAAGGAACAAGCUGCGAGAGACCCUGAACAUUUUUUCAAUUUGAGAAUGGUUGCCUGUCCAGCUGCAGAAAUGGUGGAUGGCUCAAAAGUUCUGUACUUCGAGCAGGCAUUCUGGAGAACUCCUCAGAAGCCCUUUCGCCAGAGGUUAUAUAUGGUGAAACCUUGUCCCAAGGAGAUGAAAUGUGAUGUUGAGUUGAGUACGUAUGCCAUUAGAGACAUGGAGGAGUAUAAAAACUUUUGUGACCGGCCAAAGAAUCAACGUCCACUUCCUGAAGAAGUUAUUCGGGAUAUUGCAGAACAUUUGACAACUAUUCAUCUCAAACGAUGUGAUCGUGGAAAACGCUGCUUAUAUGAAGGGAAAACGCCACCAGAGGGAUUUCCAAAUACCUGGAACAAUGCAGCGUACUGUACAUCAGAGCUAUCAGUCUUGAAGAACAAUGAGAUAAACAUGUGGGAUAGAGGUUAUGAUGAUGAUGGAAAUCAUGUUUGGGGAGUCAAAGAAGGUCCUUAUGAAUUCAAGCCUGCGUCAACGUCCAGUUUUAACGACAUGUACUCGUCGGUGAAUUUGUUGUCCCCGUUAUCCUUGGACAAAAGGAUAGAGGGCUCAUUUGUUCUACAGGAGUAAUUACAAGCUAGCUGUACGUGCAUUAUGUAAAUCUUUUUGCCAUUUACAGUAUAGCAAAGAAAUAAAUGUUGUUAUUUGGGAAAAUAUCUCCAGUAUGUAUAAGUACAAUUGCUGGAUGAUAGAUUUUACUGCAGCACUUGAAGUCUUGAGACUUGAAUGAUAAAUACCUAGAACUUGUGUUUCAAUACACUUGCUGCCAAACACGAAAAUAAUUCACGUGAAGAAGGUACUUGUGGACAUGGUCUGCUCUUCUUGGUUGGUGCCUUGGUGGUAUUGUUAUGGAUCAAUAUUAUGGAGAGCAGCACUUUUAGGUAGUAUCUUUAUAAGUUAGUUGGGAAUAAGUUAGAAACCAGUUAGGGAAGAAGUGCUAUAUAUAGAGCACAUUAGAGAGAGGGAAAUCAUGUUGAAUAUUGUGAAAAGUGAUUUGUAAUAGUUGAUUGAGAGAGUGCUAUUCCUCUUGAAAGAUUGGCUAGGUUGUAAUCGGCGGUUUCCACCGUAAUACUCAUCAAUACAAUCAUAUCAUUUUUUUUGCUCUUC